AUGAUCGGGACCACCUUAAUAGAAUUCACUAUGUCCACUGAGAAGAGUUUCUGGUCUACUGCUAAGAGUUUUUUCAGCAGCACUACGCCUGUCGUAUUCGCUCCGUCUAUUAAUCCAGACAAACGCUUUGACAUGAAAAGACAAUCUUUUGCUGAGAAGAAGAGAGUUCAAUCUUUAUCGUCAAACUCAUUUUUCAUCGACUCUUUUGGAUCUUUAAACAUGCCUUGA